GAGCUGUGGGGAAAAUUCAGCAGCCGCAGCUACACGGAACAUUCAUACGAUUUCCGUGAGGGAGAGAGAUUUGCGAAUCUAUCGCUUCCAAGCUUGUAGUGAUUUUUCCUGAAUCGUAGAACACGGCCUUGAUCGCUCCUUAACGAAACAAUGCCGAAGAACAAGGGAAAGGGAGGAAAGAACAGGAAGAGAGGAAAGAACGAAGCUGAUGACGAAAAGCGUGAGCUGGUGUUCAAGGAAGACGGGCAGGAAUACGCCCAAGUUCUUCGUAUGCUCGGUAACGGUAGAUGUGAAGCGAUGUGCAUAGACGGAGUGAAACGGCUAUGCCAUAUCCGAGGAAAGAUGCACAAGAAGGUGUGGAUAGCGGCUGGUGACAUCAUACUGGUCGGGCUGAGGGAUUUCCAGGACGACAAAGCUGACGUCAUCCUCAAGUACAUGUCUGAUGAAGCUAGGCUCCUGAAGGCAUACGGCGAGCUUCCGGAUAAUACCCGUCUCAACGAAGGAAUCGUGGGAGAUCUGGAUGAAGAUGACAAUGCCGCUGAUGAUGAUUACGUCGAGUUUGAGGACGAAGAUAUCGAUAGGAUCUAAAGAGGCUUUAAGAUCAGUUUCCAGCUUAUGUAUUUUUCCCCAAUUUUGAGACAUUUGUCUUCAACAUCCGAGUGUUAAUGAUAAUCUCAACCCCAAGUGUUGUUUAAUUGAA